AUGUCUCCUCCGCUACGAACCCUCGGCCGAAACGGCCCGCCCGUGGCCCCAGUCGGCCUCGGCUUCGGGAGCCUCGGCGGAUUCUACGGACCACCGGGGACCCGGGACGAGCAGCUGGCCCUCCUGGACCGCGCGUACGCCGCCGGCCUGCGCUUCUGGGACCUGUCCGACGUCUACGGCGACGCGGAGGACCUCGUGGGCGAGUGGCUGGCGCGGUCAGGCCGACGCGACGACGUCUUCCUCGGCACAAGUUUUCGCUCCAGCCCGGCGCCGACGGGAGGCACACGUUCCGCUCUGACCCUGAGCACCCAGGGUAAGAUUCGACACCUCGGGCUCUCGGGAGUCUCGGCCGCCACGCUGCGAAGAGCGCAUGCCGUGCACCCGAUUGCCGCUCUGCAGUGGGAGUACAGCCUGUUCACGCUGGAUAUUGAAUCGCCGCAAAAUAAUAUUUUAUCGACUUGCCGCGAGCUGGGCGUGGCGCUGGUGGCCUUUAGCCCUGUUGGGCGUGGCGUUCUCACGGGCCGGUUCCGGUCGUACCGGGACAUUCCUGAGGGCGACCUGCGCCGCUUCUAUCCCAAGUAUGCGGAGGGCAACUUUGCCGAGAUCCUGAAGCUGGUCGGGGGCGUGGAGGACGUGGCGAGGGAUCGGGGGAGCACGCCGGCACAGGUGGCUAUUGCGUGGCUGCUGGCCCAGGGACCGGACGUCAUUGCCAUCCCGGGCACCAAGUCGGCCUGUAGGAUGGACGAGAACGCGGGCGCUGCGCUGCUCCGGCUGAGCGGUGAGGAGGUACGGGGGCUUCGGGACCUGGCGGAGCGGGUGGACAUUAAGGGCACUCGGUACCCUGCUGCGUAA